AACCUUCCUUAGCAAAUUCCUAUAAACCCAUGCAAAGGAAAGCCACUAAUCAUAUAUACAUUUGGGAUAUUUAGAUAAAUAUAGUCCUCUGCUCUGUGGUCUGCAGUUUCAGAUCCUAUAUAUCUAACCUGUUAGUAUUAUGUGGUAGAUUUGCCAAAAAAAGAUAAGAAACAGAAUUGUAAAAGAGAAAUAGAUUUGUGAGUGCUCUUUCUCUCUCUCUCUCUCUGAAAUGGCUGUAAUGGAUGAGGGGCUUACACAGGCUCUGAUACCUCUGGCUGCUUUGGUGGGAAUUGGGUUUGCUUUGUUUCAGUGGUUUUUGGUGUCAAGGGUGAAGGUUUCAGGUUGGCAUGGUUUGGACAAUGGGUACAAGGACAAGUUGAUUGAAGAUGCUGUUGAGCCAGAGGUGGGGCUUGACUCUGAUGAAGCUAUUGCCAAGUGUGCUGAGAUCCAAAAUGCCAUAUCUGUUGGGGCAACAUCGUUUCUGUUUACCGAAUACAAGUACCUUGGCAUCUUCACACUUGCAUUUGGCGCUAUCAUUUUCCUUUUCCUCGGAUCAGUUAACGGCUUCAGCACCAAAAGCCAACCGUGCACGUACGACAAGGGUAACCAAUGCAAACCAGCCCUAGCCAAUGCCUUCUUUACCACAGUAGCCUUCUUUCUUGGCUCUCUUACUUCAGUUCUCUCUGGUUUUCUUGGGAUGAAAAUCGCAACCUAUGCCAAUGCCAGAACAACUCUAGAAGCAAGAAAGGGUGUCGGAAAGGCAUUUAUAGCAGCUUUUCGAUCUGGCGCUGUGAUGGGGUUUCUUCUAGCUGCCAAUGGCCUUUUGGUGCUGUAUGUGUCUAUUAAUGUGUUUAAGUCAUACUAUGGGGAUGAUUGGGAGGGACUUUAUGAAUCUAUUACUGGUUAUGGUCUUGGGGGUUCUUCCAUGGCAUUAUUUGGAAGAGUUGGAGGGGGUAUAUACACGAAAGCAGCUGAUGUUGGUGCUGAUCUUGUCGGAAAAGUUGAACGGAAUAUUCCAGAGGAUGAUCCCCGUAACCCAGCUGUUAUUGCAGAUAACGUGGGAGACAACGUAGGAGACAUUGCUGGAAUGGGUUCAGAUCUUUUCGGCUCUUAUGCUGAAUCAUCAUGUGCCGCGCUCUUUGUUGCUUCAAUAUCGUCCAUUGGUAUCAGUCAUGAUUACUCAGCCAUGUCUUAUCCUCUCCUUAUAAGCUCAAUGGGAAUUGUCGUUUGCUUGAUAACAACCCUUUUUGCAACCGAUUUCUUUAAGAUCAAGAAUGUGACUCAUAUCGAACCCACUUUGAAGCGACAACUUGUUAUCUCAACCAUUCUGAUGACUGCUGGGAUUGCCAUGGUCAGCUUUUUUGCUUUGCCAUCAGAGUUUACCCUAUACAACUUUGGGACCGAGAAAGCUGUAAAGAACUGGCACCUCUUUUUCUGCGUGUCCAUUGGGUUGUGGGCUGGCCUUGUCAUUGGAUAUACAACUGAGUAUUAUACCAGCAAUGCUUAUAGUCCAGUGCAAGAUGUGGCGGAUUCUUGCAGGACUGGAGCCGCAACGAAUGUGAUAUUUGGUUUGGCACUGGGAUACAAAUCAGUCAUCAUUCCCAUAUUUGCUAUAGCCGUAGCUAUCUAUGUGAGCUUCAGUUUGGCUGCUAUGUAUGGAAUUGCAGUGGCCGCUCUUGGGAUGCUCAGCACCAUUGCUACCGGCCUGGCAAUUGAUGCUUAUGGCCCCAUUAGUGAUAAUGCUGGUGGUAUUGCUGAAAUGGCCGGAAUGAGCCACAAAAUACGAAAAAUAACAGAUGCUUUGGAUGCUGCUGGAAAUACCACUGCUGCCAUUGGCAAGGGAUUUGCAAUUGGAUCAGCUGCUCUCGUUUCUCUUGCUUUGUUCGGUGCUUUUGUGAGCAGAGCAGGAAUCAAUUCCGUUGAUGUGUUGACUCCAAAGGUCUUCAUCGGGUUGCUUGUCGGUGCAAUGCUUCCAUACUGGUUUUCAGCAAUGACGAUGAAGAGUGUGGGAAGUGCAGCCUUGAAAAUGGUUGAAGAGGUUCGCCGACAAUUCAAUGAUAUUCCAGGGCUUAUGGAAGGAACAGCGAAGCCGGACUAUGCAUCUUGUGUCAAAAUUUCAACCGAUGCUUCACUCAAGGCAAUGAUCCCACCUGGUGCUUUGGUUAUGCUUACCCCUCUGAUAACUGGAACCUUUUUUGGGGUGGAAACACUCGCUGGUGUGCUUGCUGGCUCCCUUGUUUCUGGUGUGCAGGUUGCUAUCUCAGCUUCUAACACUGGCGGGGCAUGGGAUAAUGCAAAGAAGUACAUCGAGGCUGGUGCUACUGAACAUGCUCGUACGCUAGGACCCAAGGGGUCAGACGCUCAUAAAGCUGCUGUUAUUGGUGACACGGUUGGAGACCCCCUCAAGGACACUUCUGGUCCAUCCCUCAAUAUCCUUAUCAAGCUCAUGGCAGUUGAAUCACUGGUGUUCGCUCCGUUCUUUGCUGCACACGGGGGAUUGCUGUUCAAGCUGUUCUAAGAUAAUGAAGGCACAUUGCCUGUUAACUUUGUGGAGACAGUGCCAAUAACUGAGCUUGCCCUGUAUAUGGUAGUUGAAAACGGAUUAAUUAAUUUUUGGUGUAAUUCAGGAAUAAAUGUUACGGCCUUCUGAUGUAAAUUUAGUUUUGUAAUUUUCGGAUGUUUGUAUCAAAUGUGCUGGUUUUCUGAUGUUUAUUGCGGAAGCAAGGUGUAAUCAAAUGUUAUAAAAACGAAAAAGCUCACUAGUUUGGCGUUCUUGGUUC